AUGCCCGAAAUAUUGCCUACCAGAUUCCUCCCUUAUCUUCCCCGGACAGCAUCCACCUUCUCACCCCUCGCGCCGACCGAGCUCCUAUCGCACAUCUCGGUCCUGCGCCAGCUGUACCUGCCACCUAUACAUGGUGGACUCAGCGUGUCGGACGCGUUCUACGAUGAUGGCGAUAGUGAUGACGAGGGUGGAGCUGGACCCUCUCGGCUGACGAGGAGACCGAAGCGAGCGGCUCUGGAGCAAGGGGGCGCAGGAGUAGGUGGAGCGGGAGCUCAGCCGGGGCCUAUACCUGGGUCACUGCAGUUAAGGGGUACCACUGGGAUCUUUGAAGAGCAGGAGGAGGAGGGCUAUACACAGUCCGAAGAGGAAAAGGAUGAGGAGGACCAGGAAGAAGACGACUCUCGUGCCCAUCUCGACCCGUUCGAGCGGGACUGGGCGCAGAAAUGGCUCGAAGGUGUCUUUCGAAGGGCGCAGACCUGGGUCGAGGAGAAUGACCCAGGGUAUGAGGAAGAUGGAAUGAGGGAGGUGGAAGCUGUGUUGAAGGCUGCGACGGCGGCUUUGGCGAUGAUGGCUGGGACGAGUGCCGCUGGCUCCCUUACUCGACACCUCCUCUUCCCCGUGCACACCGACCUCGCUGCAGCCCUCCGAGCAUCCCGGUCGCAAAUGACCGCCAACCCAAAUCUAUCUCCUACUACCCACACCUUCCUCGCCUCCCUCGCAAGCCCGCCUACAUCCCCUCUUCAACUGCGUCGACUAUCCCUCUCUUCUUCUCCACCCGUCGUCACUCGUCGAAGGGCAUCGUCCAAUCUGUCCCGCUCUUCCGGUCAGGCGGCAUCUUCUCAGCGGAAACGGCGUCCAGCUAUCCCGGUCCUUCUGCACGACGCGCCGAUGGGGGACCAUCUGAGCGUCGGCGUCCAGACCUGGGGCAGUGCUAUACUACUGGGGAGGGAGAUGGCGCUCCGGCCUCAACGUUUUGGGUUAGACGUUUCGGCGCAGCCAAGACGGGGAGGGGGAGGGGUCAGGAUCCUUGAGCUCGGCGCAGGCACUGGUCUGCUGUCCAUCCUGUGCCGUAAGAUCCUUGAUCUACAGGCUCUGACUGCUGCGCAUGGGGAACCGUCAACUCGGCAGGUGUCACCCGGACUGGUCGUCGCCACGGACUUUCUUCCGUCGGUCAUCGACAAUCUCAAGAUCUGCGUUGAUCUCAACUUUCCCCCUAGCGACACCACAUCCUCCACCCAGUCAUCAUACUCGGGGAUACAUAUCGCCAAGCUGGACUGGACGACGUUCCCCGCGCACAUGGCAAAGCGCUUCAGUGCGGGCGGUACGGAGAAGCCUGCGAGGUUCAUGGAUGAGCCAUUCGAGCUUGUCCUAGCGUCUGACUGCGUUUAUGACCCCACGCACGCGGAGAUGUUGCGGCAUGUGGCCGGGUGGGUUUUGAGACUACCGAUCGAGGAUGCCGAGGGGGAUGAGGGUGGCACAUUCCACAUUCUCUCACCACUCCGCCCCACCUUCGCCCCGGAGCUCGAGUCGAUCGAUACCCACUUCCCAACUCUGGCGUCAUAUCCACCUUUAUCGGCUCGCGUUGCGGCAGGCGGGGAGGGUCUGGGCAUUGCCCGCAAGCUGAAGCUAGGAGUAAGAGGCGCAGGGAAGGUGUCCGUCAGAGGCAAGAAGGGAGAGGGGCGGGUGGACGAGACGUUGGGGUAUUGGUGGUGGGAAGUCGGAUGGGGGUGA